AUGACAAUGCCGGUGAUACAAGAAGAUGAACCGCUUGAGCGAAACGGCCAGUCAGGACUCGGUCUGCGCGAUGGCGUUCGAAAGUGGCAGAUUCUGGUGUUGGCGCUGCCGAACCUGGGAAUCCAAAUGCUCUGGCUGGUUGUCAUGUCGUAUGGCACACCACACAUGGCCGGACUCGGAAUGCCCACCUCUCUCACCGCGCUGAUCUGGCUUUCGGGCCCGCUGAGCGGCACCCUGGUGCAACCCGUCUUCGCGGCACUCUCAGACCGCACCACUCACCCCUGGGGCCGCCGCAAGCCGUACAUUGCAGGCGGCGCCAGCUUCGUCUGUUUGUCCCUCCUCGGACUCGCCUGCGCCGAAGACGUGUCGAACUGGCUCACCGGAUCGCACCCUUCUCACCACCACGUCUACGCGUCCGGCCCGCCCAAGUCCAGCACGCUGACAAAGCUUCUGGUCGCCUUCUGGGCGUGCGCCAUCAACGUCGCGGUGCAGCCGCUGCAAAGUGGAGUCCGCGCCCUCACCGUCGACAGCUGUCCGCCACACCAGCAGAGCGAGGCCGCCGCGUGGAGCGCGCGCUUCAACGGCCUGGGUGCCGUGCUCAUCUCUGCCUCGGCCGUCUCCGACAUCUCGGCAUGGGCGCCGUUGCUGGGAGACACAAAGUUCAAGGCGCUGUGCGUGCUGGCCGUGCUCGCCUUGGCCGCCACUGUUAUCCCGGCCUGCUUCCUGAUUGCCGACGCCCCAGCCAGCACUGAUUACGGAUGCGGCAGAUCCACGAUGCCGGGCCGACGACAGGGGACGGUGACCAGGCUUCUAGCUGGCGCAAGGAGCCGAUUCAGCUCGCUGCCCCCCGUAACCCGUCAAGUGUGCAAGAUCCAGUUCUGCGCCUGGCUGGGCUGGUUCUCCGUGCUCUACUACCUAACCACCUACGUAUACCAAGUCUUCGUCAUGGACCAACACAUCCACCUCGACCCCAACAUCUUCGGCAGCGCCGACCCGCGCCUCAUCGAAAUGGGCAAGCAAGCCGGCACCCGCGCCUCCUUCUACUUCGCCUGCGUGACCUUCGCCUCCGCCUGCAUCCUCCCCUUCGUCGUCGUCGCCUCGCCGCCGUCGUCAUCCACCUUCUCAGACGACGACAACAGCAGCAGCAACGACGCCGCGACCACCACCUCGUCGUGGCGCCCCUCGGUCGGCCGCGCGUGGCUGCUCGCCCACUGCCUCUUCGCCGCCCUCAUGUUCCUCACCACCUUCGUGUGGACCGCGCCCGCCGCCAUCGUCAUCGUCGCCGCCCUCGGCCUCGCCUGGGGCGUCGCCUCGUGGGCGCCGUACACGCUCAUCGGCGCUGAGAUCGCGGGGCUGCGCGAGGCGGCGGCGCGGCGUGCGGGCUGGGGCGAGAUGCAGGAGCGGGGUGGGAGUGGCGAGUACUGGGAGGGUUCUAGCAGCGGGGAUGAGAAGGGUGCGGGAUCGGUGGUGGGCGGAGAGGAGGGCGAGGAGCGGAGCGGUGGUGAUGAUGCUACGGCGGCUGUUAUGGCGGUGCAUAAUAUGGCGAUUUCGGUGCCGCAGAUCUGCGCGGCGUUGGUGUGUAGUGCGCUGUUCAAGGUGGUCGAGGCCGCUGGGAGGGACGACCCUGCUGCGUAUGCGUUCAAGCUUGCGGGAGUCGCCGCGGCGGCUGCGGCGUGGAUGGCGAGGGACUUGGAGUGA